AUGCCGGGAGUUCUGUCGAAGUCCUCCUCGCCUCCUGCGGCGGCUGAGGGCGCGCCGGCGGCAGGCGUCCUUUUGUCGCUUUUUCGGCGCUGCUGCCCGCCCCAAACGCGCCGGAGGCUCCUUCUCGCUCUCUCUUCGUUGUUCGUCUGCAGCUCGUGCAACCUACUGACUCCCACGCUGUUAGGCAUUGCUAUCGACUCGGCCUCGAACUCGCCGGCGCAAGGCCUGCCGAGGAUCGGUGGGCGUGGAGGCGAAGCGGCGGGAUUCUUCGCUGGAAUCGGCUCAGUCCUCUCCGGCUUGUGUACCGCCAUCGGGCAAGUUCUGACGGGUGGGGGGAAGGAGGCGCUGGAAAACCAGCCCCCCAAAGUUCUCUUCACCUUGAUUGCCGGCGUCAUUUGCCUCGGCGCGCUCACCAGCUUCAUUCGAACCUCGCAACUUGAAACAGCUGAACACGAAAUGAGGGCGGAAGUCAGGAAGCAGCUCUUCCGCGCGCUGCUGUACUUGCCGCCGUCCUGCGCGCUGCUGCGGUCGCCAGGUCACCUCCUGCCGCUGUUCGUGGAAGACACCGAGGCACUCGUCUCGGCCUUCUCGCAGACGCAGGCGCAGGCUCUUCGAUACACCAGCAGCGUCGUCGGCGGCGGCUCCUUGCUGCUUCUCAUCUCGCCUCGCGUCACUGCUCUCGCCAUUGUCCUCUUGCCGGUCGCAGGCUGGUCGGCGAUGCUGCUCGCCAAGCGCCUCCGCCGUUUGCGAGCGCUGCGCGACAAGCAGGUUCAGGAUUGCACCGCUUUUCUCUCUGAUCGACUCUUCCACGUGAAGACGGUGUAUAUCCACCAGGAGCAGGAGCAGGAGGCCUAUCGCCUACAGGAGAGACAGGAGGAGGCGAUCGAGGCGGCGAAGGGUGCCGCGUGGGCGAACGGCUGCUUCUUCGGCGGCCUGUCGCUGUCUAUCAACUCCACUGUGCUAGCGCUGCUGACCUACGGCACCGCCCUUGUUAAGAAGGGCCUGCUGUCGUACGGAAGCCUGACUUCGUUCGCGGUCUACUCCUCCAUGGUCGGCGUGGGCUUCAGCGGCUUGACGGCUGUCUGCUCUGAGCUGUCGCGUGCGGCUGCAGCGGGGACGCGGAUUCACGCAGUGCUGAGCCUCGGAGCCGAUCGACGCGGAGAGGGCGGAGAAGAGACGCGCGAAGAAGACCCCGCAGACGAGGAGGCGUCGUCUCUCGGUGUUUUUGCGCAGGCCUCUGCGCUGGAGUCCGCACUGCAGGCAGCCGACGACAAGGAAGGCGCGCGGGGAGAGAAGGCGGGUGCGAAAGCGCCAGCGAGUGCGGAAGACGCGCAGGCCGUCUCGUUUCUGCGGACGCUUGUCGCCUACCACAGAGGCGACUCGACGGCUGAGGAGGUCGCCGAGCGCGUGCGAGGUGCCAUUGAGUUCGCAAACAUCUCCUUCUCGUACGAAGCGAGCGCCGAGGCUGAGGACUCCCUCGCAGGCUCGCCGCUGGCGUCUCUCCUCCCUGCGACUCCAUCUUCUGUAGCCUUUGCAGGCGCGGCGGCUUUGACGACAGCGCAAGACGCCAAAGCGGAGGUGCGCGACCCUGAAGCGGAACGCAGAGAGCACGGGUCGCGGCAGGCGCUCAAAAACAUCAACCUGGUCAUUCCUGCAGGCUCGGUCGUCGCCAUCACGGGAGCCAGCGGCAGCGGCAAGAGCACGCUGCUGAAGCUGCUAACGAAGCAGGUCCACCCGCAGCAGGGUGAAAUCACGCUGGACGAGCCCGAGGCACAGUCCAGCGGCGCGGCGGAGACGCCCGCCGCGGAAGAAGAUUCGCCUGCGGCUGCGUCGUCGGCCUCAUCUGACUCCGCCACGUGUUCAGACGCACUGUUUACGGAGGUGUGCCGGCUAUGCAACGCGGAGAGCUUUCUCCUGUCGUCUCCGAAGAAAAGCCGAGAGGACCUACGCGUGGAGGGCGCGGGAACGGGCUUCAGCACCGGCGAGCAGCAGCGCCUGGGGCUGGCGAGAGCCCUGAUCAAAAAGGCGAGCGUCCUCGUCCUCGACGAGGCCACUGCACACCUUGACGCGCGAAACGAGCGGAUGCUUCUUCAGACGCUGCGUCGCGUCCUCCGCGCGCGCGACGAGGGUGGACAGGUUGAGCAGCAGGACUCAGCGGAAGGCGAGGGCGAGGAGGUGGCGCAGAGGACGGCCAAGCUCCUCAGAGGCGCCGUCAAGACAGUCGUCCUCAUCGCACACAGCAAGGCGGCUUUGCAGAUGGCAGACACGGUUGUAGUGCUCAGAGACGGAGAGAUCAUCGAAACUGGGGCCUUUGACGCGCUCAUCAAAGCGGACGGAGAGCUCAAGCGCCUGCUGAAACUACACGGCGAACACGAAGAGAUCGCAGACGAAGCCGCAGAGGAGCCGCAGGAGCAGUCGCAGCUUUCUUCGUACGGCAGCUGGUGGUAG